AUGACCCCAAUCAGGGAAGGGGGGAUGCUGGAGGGGCGCAUGCUCGCAGGGGCUGCUGGAGCCCUCCCUGCUCCCUACAGCUGCUCCAAGGGUCUGGCACAGAGCGAGGACAAGGAUCAGGCAGGGAAGACAGCUGGAAUUGUUGACGAGAGCAAUGGCGCUGCCAUCCUGGAGCGAGGCGCGCGUGGCGAUGCUGCUCCUGUCGGCGCUCAGCCUGCUCAGCGCGAGGCUCGUGGGCGCUGGCCAGGACCCCGGGAGUGCCAUCCCUGCAGAAAGCCGGCCCUGCGUUGACUGCCACGCGUUCGAGUUCAUGCAGAGGGCCUUGCAGGACCUGAAGAGGACGGCGCGCGGCCUGGACACGCGGACAGAAACCCUCCUCCUGAGAGCAGAAAAGAGAGGCCUAUGUGAUUGCUUUCAUGCAAUACACUGAAAUGAGCACUGGGAUUUGACCAAUGGACAUAUAUUCAUUUUUAAAAUGCUGUUCAGUAAAUUACAGGAAGAUACAGAGUGCAAGUUGUGUCCCACAUAAGGAAAAGCAUUUUUAUCAAAACAGGUAUAGCUCGGAUUAUUUUUGCUUUGUUGUGGUUUGUCAUAAGUCUAUCUGAUAUUGCAUCUGCUGAAAUGCCAAGAGAAGAAACAGUGCCAAAGUCUUGCUUUUGGGUUUUAUGGAAGGAUAGCAUCCUGCUUUUUGGUUAUUUCAUGCCAAAAAUUGUCCUUGGACUCUCAGGCCAACCUCUUGGCUUAUGUGAAUUGCCAUAGAUCAGUGAAAGUCAGUGAAGUCAAAUUUUUUUUAUGUAUUUAUAGAAGAAUAGCAUGAAAAGGAAGCUACUUUGCCAUGAUGUAUCGAUAAACAUUUACAAACAAUCAGACUUGGCAUUAUAUAGAAAUUAAUAGUUAUCACUGACUGCUUGGCAGUCCGAGGAAGGGAUUUGUUCUCCAAUUGUAUCAAUAGUCCAGUGCAUAGCAAACACAGUAAUCUGUCUCACAAUUUUGAUUUCUUCAGAGCCACACAGUAGCUGUGAUCUUUUUGGACAGAUUUAUUAGGUAUCUAAAGUGAUCAGUAACAUUUGUAAUCACAUGAAUACUGCCUGGCAGUUGAACUGACUGCAUCUGCCAAAAUCUUCUGGAGAAGUGUCUUUCAUUAAGCAAAUCACAUGCUGGAUUGAACCACUCAAAAGUGGCCUCUACAUAGAGUUUUGGCAGAAAGCCUACAUGAUGCCUGCCUGCUCAGGAGUCUCUUGCAAACUGUAUUUUGGGAAAUAAUUAAAUUCUAUCAAAAUGGUUCUUAGCUCUUUCAUGGACUCUGCACUCCAUCAGGGUGGGUUACAGUGCUGAUGUUAUUUGUAUUCCUGCUGCAGUGGGAGACAAGGGACAACAAAACAAUUUAAACAGUUUAGUAGUAGUAGAAAAUAAGAUUGUGCCUUGUUACUCUUUAAAAGAGACUAGCAAAUCCUUUCUCAUUGUUUGAAUUUUUUUCCUUUAUUUUGGGAAGCAGAACAGAAAAUGACCCCAUCAUUCUCAAAGUAGAGAUCUAUAUAUCAGCUUGAGCAUCUAUGUACAAGCUCGAAACUUUUAUGCAAACAAGAAUAUUGGAGCAGGAUCACCAAAAAAAGUAGUUUUCAAAUUCAUUUUACUAAUUCUUUUCAGUAUGUCUGUCUUUUCACAGGUGGCUGGCAGUUUUGAUAUUUUGCUCUCAGCCAGCUCUGUAAGUUUGAAUGGAAGCUAUCUGAAUGUUUCCAAACUGCUUCUCUCCCAUUUGUCUGCAACAUCAAACACAGGGAAAUAGGGAACUUUGACCCACUGCCAACUUACUAUUUCAUGUGCAAUCAUACUCAGUAACACAAAGGAGCAUGUUGCCAUGUAUUUCACCAAAGUGGUUUGAAAGGUGUGUGGUUCUCAGCAAGGAAAACCUCUCUUGCACCUGCAUUUCAAAUAAGAAAUCCCCUUUGUCCUUUUAGUAUCCCAGCAAACCCCUUUAGAGGUCCUUGGGACCUGUUUUGUGUACAAGAGAAGCAUCAUGACACAGCAACAGCUCCCUUCUGGUAGCAUCACACUGCACUGUGGCACCGGGCAACUGAGCAGCAGAGGUUUUCCUCAUGGACCAAGUUUUAUUGUACAAAGAAAGCAGUAGGAUUAACACAGCUUCCUUGCAAAAUACCAGCCUUUGGCUUCUUUACUCCCACUUAUAUUUGGGCCAAAGUAAUGCACAGCUUUUGAGACAGCUUUUUGCAGGAGAUGGAGUCCCAGCACUGAACCUGUGAAUUUUCAGGUUCAGCUCAGCUCCCCUUUCAGGGGGCAGCACAUCUAUGGUUUGGUAUUGAUAUUGUGCAUGCUUAUUCUGCUGGUACCCUAAAGAGUCUUGCAAAGUCCUGUUACAAAAACUGGUUUUUUUUGUUCAUGUUUUCAUUUAGAAAUAUGGUUGCUCACAGAUGAGUUUUGAUAUAUGCAGCUUGUAACAAUAUAAAGGUGGAAUUAAGUGGAUGUUGUCUGACUCCCAAAGGGAUCAGAGUGACACUGCAACUUUAUGGUUGUACCAGACUGAUUAUUCUGUACUUCUCUUUGUCUAUAAUACAGCACAAUAAAAGGGCAAGAUGCAUUAUA